AUGGCUUUUUUCGCGCCUCAAUUCCAGAUCGUUUCUGAUCUCCACCUUGCAACACCCGUGCCAAAACCAGAGAACGCCUAUUUCAAACUUGGGAUAAGAGCUGAUAACCUACUGCUACUUGGCGACAUUGGCCUUAUUACCGACAAGACCUCUUUGAUCGGCUGCGCAGGACGCUGGAGGAGAACAGAGGGUGCCGCAUUCUCUUUGUGCCGAGCAACCAUCAGCCCUACCGUAGCACCUACAACAAAGCAGUCGCAAAGCUACGUAGCUCUGAACACGAAGCGACCAGAUGGUCUGGUGGACGCUUCAAACGUCUUUGCCGCGACCGAUACAAUGUGGACGAGAAUGUCACUAUACUGGGAUGCACACUAUGGUCAGUUGUCCACCCGGAGCAAGAGAUCCGCAACUGGUCACUCGAGAGACAUCGGCAGGAGCACAAAAGACAACGAUCCUCAGCGCCGCAUUCUGAUCGCGACCCAUCACAGCCCGACAAUCGAUCCCCGCGCUACUGGCCUAAAGCACCGAGAGAGCGCAGUAUCAAGUAGAUUAUGA